UAACCACAAACAAACAUCCUUAUACACCCCGUCACUAGAUACAUCCAGUACCAAUUCAUACAAUUCACCCUCAAAUAGUCUCUUCCCAGUCACACCCCGGCUUUUGAGACUCCAACCGCCAGUACUCCGUCACCCUUUCUUUGUCCCAGUACUCCAACUCCGUGCCAUCCUUAUCAGUCACAAGCAUGACUCAAACCAUAAAACCUGGAGAAGGUUUAAAUGCCCUUAAAAUCAACGACGGCCUCUACUCCGUGCUUGACAGGUUUAAGCAUGAGCAGCUCAACUUGAUGUACUCGUCCAAGGACUACCUCAAUACUCCGAUCCGGCUCCAGAUCAAAAAUUGGGGCAUGACCUUGCUCUUCCAGAAAGACAAACUAACGUUGAUAGAGAUUCAAUCGUUCUCGUGUGGCAUCAACUACUCGUACAACAACAUCAACUUGAACUCUUUGGGGUCUGGAAUCACUUUGAAGGUCAUUUACAACAAGGUAUUUGGUCCCACGUAUCCCGGGAAAUUCAUCAACAACUACUACAUCUUGAGCUACCCGGGGGUAUCCUUCAAGUUUGACCUCCUGGCCAUCCAGAGCAAUAAGGGCUUUGACCCGUCGUUGGCAUACUUGUUGAACUCCGACAAAGACGUGGUGUGUGGUGAGAUAUUCAUCUUCAACUCCAACUCGUUUGAUGAGUUUUUGCAUCUGAUGAAGACUGGCAGCGCCGCCGCCACACCUGCGUCGCUGGAGUUGAGCUCCAUCACAGAGGUGUCGCAAACAUGUGACCCGUCGUUCAAAGUCAGUGCUAACAUCAAACUUGGGGUCAUUAGACUCAGUUUCCGUAACAAGGAGUUUUUGGUCACCAUCGGCAAAACCACCCAGCAGGAGGUGUUGAACUUCUUGGGCCCACCCGACGACUACUUCAACAAGUUUGACUCCCGGCUCUUGAUCCACCUGAAUUUCUUCAAGCGUAUCAGUACAUCCCACACUUCCAAUAAGAUCUUAAAGUUCCACAACUACUUCAAAUUUGGAGUCGAUUUUUUGUACGACCUCAAUGGAAACGGGGUGUUGAGCAAGGUGAUUUUACACAACGGCAACAUCGUGGAAUCAUCGAGUUUCAGCCACUGGAACAAGUGCAACUACGAAAUUUACUUGGGCAACGACUCGAGCGAUACCAACCCUUUUGAUUCGUACGACAUGCGCAUCGGAUGCAGCCACUACUUCGACCAGAUUCCCGCCGACUUCUUCGCAGGCGGCAGUAAGACGCCCAUACUCUUGAAUCGCAGUGAAAGUGAGUUGAUCAACUUGGACGUGAUUCCCAUCAACGAGCUGAAUGACUGGGGGCAGAGUAAGUUGUAUUGCUUUGACCACUGUAUCUGGGAGGUGUUGAGCAAUGACUGUGUCAGCUGUGUAACCAUCUACUAGUUGACCUACUCUAUAUAUUAUUCUAGCUGUCUCAAGAAAACUAAAUUGAAAUCGGCGCGCAGCUUCUUCACUAAUGAAACUCACCUCCAAUGUGCUAGAACAAGCACAUAUCGUCAUCAACCCCUGUAAACAGCUGACUCUCCAGCUCCGAGACCUCGGGCUCUCGGACAUCGACUGGCUUCCGCCCCACUACGCCGCAGUCGACCUCACCAACAACCUGCUCAUCGAUCUCCAGCUUUCGUCUCCCGCCAAAACUGUCAAUACCCUUAUUGUCAGUAAUAACCCGGAAAUGUACCACCUUGAGUGCACCAGCUUCCCAGCCCUUCACAGCCUUGCGGCCCUCAACUGCAACUUCUCGGUGCGAGAGGUUUCCCGGUGGAAGUUCCCCCAUUUACGACAUUUGGUGAUGCUCAACAACCCCAUCACCCAGGGUGAAAACUACCGAUACUUAAUGAUACAUCUCCUUCCGAGCCUUGAGACACUCGACCUCGAGAAGGUCCGGGCGCACGAACGCCAGGAAGCUGAGGCACUCUUUGCCACCACGUCUGUGGACGACAUAAUCGCCAGCAACUCCACCUCCCACCAGGUGCACUUGGCAGACACUAUUAGUGCUGCCUCCGACAUCCACGAAAUAGAACGGUUGGAGCGCAUGCUAGCCCAACCAUAACUCUCGACCAGUGACUGCCUUUGGCCCUCCACUUCUGUACUAUAAUUAUCCACCUCUCUCAAUGCAUAUCACUAACCUCACUCGAC